UGACUGUGGUGCCAUCUAUGACCGUUUUAUGAAUCACUUGUUGUUUUUGUGAUGGAGGGGACCGCGUACGAAAUACCACACUUCCAAAUCCGAUGACAUUUACAAUAUCGCUCCCCUCCGGCCCCUCCACCCCCGAGACCCCCAACUUUCUCUACGCUCUGUUGAUACAACGUGUUCUACACUUCUAUCUUCUGUGCCUCCCCCGUCGACACCUGCAGGUACCAUUGGACCCGAACCACCCAGAGAUCGCUUUCGCAACGACUAUUCCAAUAUGGGACAAGGUGCUUCUUCGACUUCGGGAACCCCCUUCCCCUCGGUCGCUCUCCACGUCCUCCGGGUCGCCGAGCUCUCGCCAGCACAUCAAGCUGGAAUCCAGCCGUUCUUUGACUAUCUCAUAGGGGUGGAGAUUCUGAAAAGGAGACCCCUGACGGGGGAAAGCGGUGCAGUACGAAGUCAGGGUAUCGACGAGGAGAUCUACGAGGAAGCAAUCGGGUUGAGCUUGGACCCGGAAGAGUUGGCUAGGGUACUCGAGGAGAACGAGGAGAAGGAGAUUGGACUUAGGGUGUACAACGCCAAGUCUCAGAGAGUGCGAUACGUGACGUUGACGCCUUCGCGAUCAUGGGCAAACAAGCUACAACCUUCUCUACUGGGCCUGUCACUCCGCUUAUGUGAUCCAGCAGAAGGACUCGGCCAGGUGUGGCAUAUCCUGGACGUACUUGAAGGAAGUCCCGCCGAGGUGAGCGCAGGUCUGAUCCCUUAUGGAGAUUACGUUGUCGGAUGGACGGAAGGAGCGUUGCAUGCCGAGUCAGAUUUCUACGACCUGGUGGAACAUCAUAUCGACAAACCUCUGCGACUCUACGUGUAUUCAUCGGAUCUCGACAACUUGCGGGAAAUCGUCUUGGUACCCAAUCGGCAAUGGGGCGGGGGCGGGAUUCUCGGUUGUGGAGUUGGGUACGGACUACUACAUCGAAUUCCUAUUCCGACCAACCCGGACAUGAUACCACCCAAGCAGAAUCUCAUGCUCGGCUCAUCGACGUCAGGCGGGUUACGAAAGUCUGGGUCCAGCCACAGUAUAUCACAGAGGAACAACGGGACCAUCAAGGAGUCGGCAUGAGGACCCGUACAAUCGACGCAAAGAGCGGCCUGUGGUCUUGUAUAACGAACACCAUGAGGAAUUGGACAUACGACCUCGAAGUCGUAACAUCGAUUAAGUAAUGCUGGGCCGGAUUCUGAGGGACUUUGGGGCAUAUCAGGAUUCUUUCGGCCUGCGGUGUCGCUGGAAAUGAAGUUGAGCUGCGAUGUCGACGAGGGAGUGUCUCAAACGGAUGACGAUGCUCCAUACAUCGAGGACCACUUGAUCUGACUUCAUCGAUCGCCUCUGCUGCCACGGAGCUCGAACUCGACCCGUUAUGACUGCGGACGAGUCCUCAUUGCCAUUGAGCCUCUGCACAAGUCUUCUGCAAUGCUAUAGUAGUAUCGCUGUUGGGAUUGUCGUCGAUUAGCGAGCUUGGUGACGCAGCAGCGCAGCUCAUCGAUCCCGCUUUUGUUUACUUUGUCCCGGAGCCACGGC